CAGUCUGAUGAAGCCUAUGAGGUUGGUCAUGAUUGGUUAAGCCACAAUGUGCUUGAGUGGCGUAGCUGGAGCUUUCAUCUAUAAUUGUGACAGUCACUUGCUCAGUCUGAGUAUUCAGAGGGCUUCUCUACACAAGCAUGAUGGGUUAUGAAUAUAUCCCAAGUAGACUGAGCUGGAGACUGAUGCACUUUGGAAGGUGACAGAAGACCCUCUCUUUCCACUUUAUGCGGACGUUAAGGAAGGUGCGAUAAGAAGCAGAAGCAAUGAGUCCCAGAUAUUCUCGGGUUACUCCAGUGAACCAUGUGCUGUGAAGCCCAUGCGUGGAGAAGAGCAGGGUCACUCUACCGAAGGUCUGAGCCCUGACACAGUUCUUCAGGGAGCAGCUGAGAUCUUCCAGGGACUUGCAUGCGCCCCGGUUCAAAAAAGCCCUCAAACACAAGACUACACACUGGCUGGAGAGACAGGCUCAGCAGGGCGACACAAGGACAAGCCUCUCCAUGGCAAUCUCCAGGGGGACAGGAACGAGAGGCUCAAUUUUAUUAUGCCGUUAGCACCAAUUUGUCGAAGGAGUAUUCACCUUAAUACAGAUACGUAUGCCACUUUGAAAGGGGACCAGCAGCAAGCCAAGUUUUCAGAGACUAAUAGGAACUGGACUUUUGACACAUCAGGGGCAUUUUCUUCACGUAAUCAAACAGAACUGUUAGAUUCUGGCACAGGGAAGACAGCAUGCCCUGAUUUCCCAUCAGGCCAAGAUGACCACGAUGAAAAGUUAGCAUUUUGUUGUGCUCAAAGUCUUGACGAAGAUCUUCUCAAGCCUUCAUCUCCUGGAGACACACAGCAACAUUUGUCCGUGGACGAAAGGAGCUAUAAAACCUCUGGCACAGUCGUCAGUAGUAACUUCAGCAAGGAAUUUUCAAAAUUGCUCAUGCUCACUGGUGACGCAUUUCUUGUCUGCGAGGAAAACAAAACAGCAUACAUCACUCUAGACCUGAAUGAUCCUGUAUGCUAUGCAACAUGGCCUGGUUCGGAGAAUGGAAACAGGACUGAUUAUACAUCCGCUUUAGAAUACAUGAAAACAAACAAGACUCGGUGUGUUUGUGAAGGUGAAGAAAAGGGACCGAAAAUGCCCCACAAAACCUUAAGGACAUCUUCAGGGAGUAAAACAUCAACAGGCCACAAGAGCAAAGAGAAAUCGGCCGGCCACCGGGAGAAAUCCAAACAGGCAACUGCUCAAGCAACAAAAAAACAAGAAACUCCAAUUCCUGAGUCACUUGUCACUAGUGAGUCACCGACAGCUAACUUGGGAUGUAAAGCUCUGUCUGUGACAGAUGUGGAGACAAAGGAGAUGAUAGAAAAGUGCCCCAAAUCCCGUGGUAAAAAGAAGAAAAAACAGUCCCAGCAUUCAUCUGGAAAAGCCGAGGCUGAGACUUCGAUAGAAGUUGAAAGCGGUGCCCGACCAAAAACUGCCGAGGGCAAAACUGACACUUUUGAUGCAAGUCUAACAGGGCAGGCCGGGGGAAGUGAUAAACUGUCAGCUCUUACCUCCCAAACAAACUGUUUACUAAUACAGAAACAAUCAGAAGUAAAAAAUGUGACAGCUAAAGUCAAGGGAAAAGGGACCGUAUUUGACAGUCCAGUGACGGCCACAGACACAGUAGAAAGCCAGUCAGCCGGCCUUGCUAAGCAGCGAGGUCAACGUAUUUUGAAGUGUAGACAUUUAUUUGAGAACAAGGAUGGGAAGCGACCUGCCGAAUCAAAGCCUCAGAAAUCUUCUGUCCUCGUGAAGAAGGAGGAACAGGCUGUGGCUGCGGCAGCAGGACAAAGGAAAGCUUACAGUGAAGUGGUCAAGCAGAAGCCUCAAACACACGAAGCCCCAAAAGUGCUACAAAACAUUAGAGCAGAGAAGCUUUCUGACGACCCUGGGAGCAUCGGCCUUCGGUGCCAGUUCAGUGCUCUCUCAGUGGAGAGCUCUGUGGUGUGGACAAAAGAAGGAGUCAUUUUGGAACAAGUUAAGAGGAGUGCAUGUGAUGAAAGUCUACUUUCCUUCACAAUCUCCAUACCCUCAAGUAAAGACCUUGGACGUUACCAGUGCUGUCUAAGUUGCCCUCUCGGAACCCUGAGCUCUGAGUUUUACCUAACGUCUGAUGUACUGAGUGAACUCCUCCCAUCUCAAGACCACCAUGCAGCGGAGGUGGUUGAGGGGGUGGAAGAGGAUGUGAAGUGUACCCCGCUUCUGUUCAAAGAGGACUUCCUCAGUGAGCAGUACUUCGGGGAGAACCAGCCAGCCAGCAUUUUGACCGAGCAGGUCCACUUUGGCGAGGGCAUGCACCGCCGGGCCUUCCGGACCAAGCUUCUGGACAGCAUGCUGCCUGUUUUCAGUCCUGGGCUCUCCUGUGUGCUCAAAGUGCACAAUGUCAUCAGCCAAGGGACCAGAAACAAUGAAGAGCUCAUCCACAAGAACUACAGCCUGGCUGUGGAGGAGUGUUCCGUGCAGAACACGGCCAGAGAAUACAUUAAAGCCUAUACAACAGUGGCCAAGUCUGCAGAGGAGUUUGGAGAGGUUCCAGAAAUCAUCCCCAUUCUCCUGGUCCACCGGCCCUCCAGUGACAUCCCGUAUGCCACGCUAGAGGAGGAGCUGAUUGGCGAUUUUGUGAAGUACUCUGUGAAAGACGGGAAGGAGAUCAACCUGAAGAGGCGGGAUUCUGAGCCAGGCCAGAAGUGCUGUGCCUUCCAGCACUGGGUCUACAACAAGACUGAGGGCAACCUGCUGGUCACUGACAUGCAAGGAGUGGGGUUGAAGUUAACCGAUGUUGGUAUUGCAACCCAUAAAAAAGGAUACAAGGGGUUUAGGGGUAACUGCGCUACCUCUUUCAUCGACCAAUUCAAAGCCCUUCAUCAGUGCAACAAGUUCUGUGAGUUACUUGGUCUCAAGCCCCUCCAACCUAGCCAGUCAAAGCCCAAAAGGACACAGACUGCCCCAAAUCCAAAGCCACAGCCUCAGCAAAAGAAGAAGACAUUUGUCGUCCAUCUGAAGAGCAAAUCCUGAAACAGUGGUGGCCUCAAACAUUGGGGCAUUAUCUGCCAUGAAUAUUCAGAAACUUCUUUUUUGGGGACAACAGAAGGAAGUGUUAUUGUACUGGACAUUAUAAUCAUUUACUCAUUUAGGGUACAGAAUGCUCUCCUGACUUUCAGUUAUUAAGGUCUGGUCAGAUUUGAUGAAUAAUGUUAUUACUUAGAUGACAUUGCUGUUUCUCUAAAAUUAAUUUUUCAAAUAGUGGCAAACAAAGCUAGAAAAUAUAUAUUAUAUAAAGUAAAAAAUGUGUCAUAUUUAUAGUAUGUAAGGCAUAAUGUCACACUACAUUACACAAGCAGUAUCCAUAUACAUGAAGAUUAUAUAUUUGAAAUGAAUUUUUGAAAUUGUAUUUUUUUUCCAAAUUAAUUUGGAAAAUAAAUUUAAUUUAAUAGUCAUUUAGAUAUAUCACAUACAAAUUAUUACUUUUAACAAACAUAAGCUAUGAAAUAAAGAUAUUUCAUAAAUUAAGUAUGUAAGUAAGUGUCAUAAAUGUUUUCCUUUCUGUUUACUUUAAGGGCAGCUAGAUGUUAUUACUAUAGAUCAGUCUCGAAAUGAAAAUCUGGAUGUAUAUACUCUGUUAUUUUAACUCUGUUCAUGAUGAGAAAUGAAGCGCUAACCUUGGUACAGUAUGUAGACUGAAUCAGUGCUUGAGUUCACUUCCUUUUUUCAUGUUUCCUUUCAGCUCUGGGGUUCCUUUUCCAAAUGAUGUGGAAACUGAUUUUAUAAAUAAACCCAACCCCCACCCCCACCCCCCAUCUCCCCACUCCCCUACCUCAUAGUCAAGAGAUAGCUUCCAGUAGCCAGUGUUGAAAUGUGGUGACAGUGUCCACACGAAAACCAUUGUACAGUAUUUCUCAGAAGAGAGGUUUUGUUUUUGUAAGCACAGUCUCACUGACGGACAGGUCAACCCCUGGAACAUUUUGACCGGUUGACUAUCGAACCAGCUGUCUCUCAGCCACGCAAGUAAUUCCCAGCCUGCAGUCGUUGCAGUUUCCAGGGAACUUUUGACACAUUUGAAAUCUCACCAAACUAUUUAUACCUUUUAACUCCCCAUAAAUUUAGCCUGGCCCUAAUGUUAUUCCAUCCCUGUGCAGGGGUAGAUAAUGUGUUUUUAUAUCCUUUUAUGUUCUGGCCAUUAUAUCCUUUCGGCAUUCUGGAGAAGGUUUUGAACUCAUGUGCUGCCUGUAAUGGAUAUGGUAACUGAUACGGCUGCCCAAUGCAUCAUAACCUCUCUUGGUGCUGGUUUACAUGUCUUGGCUGGAGUGGCCAAGGGUGAAGAGGAGUGUGGAUAUAACUUUAUAUGAGCUACACUUGUGUUACAUAGUAUGGACGUAUUCUACCAUAUAGUUUGAAUCUGUGCACCAUUCUUUUCUUUAAUUUUGUGAAUGUUGAAAAUUGUACUGAAAUCAAUAUGUCACUUCUUAGUGGAAUGAUACUGUGAGAAUAAAAAGAAUAUUUUUAUUGUU